AUGCCAACGGCCCCAACUAAGAAGGAGGAAAAGUUCAGGCUAGUACACAACUUUGCCGAAGUCAACAAAGUCACCCAAAUACCAGCAUUCCCUAUGGGCGACCUAGCGGCAAAACAGCAAAACGUAGCAGGAUACAAACGAGUAUGCACAAUAGAUUUUGCCUCUGGGUUCAACGCGCUGCCAAUGGAGGAAUCAAGCAUCAAAUAUACCGGAUUUUACGCAGAAGGAAGAGGCCACUACGUAUACCUCCGUAUGCCCUUUGGGCUAACUGGCGCACCAACCUCGUUCUGCAAAAUGCUAGCAGACGCCCUGUACGACCUGCUUGGCAAUGGUGCAGAAAUAUGGAUGGACAACAUUUGUCUAGCAUUCAACAACUUUGACAAAGGAAUGAACAAACUGGAAAGGCUGCUGGAAAGGUGUAGGGAGCAAGGACUGUCAAUUGCGCCGGCAAAAACGCGCCUGUUCAUGGAGGAAGCGGUGUUUGCGGGGGCUAAGGUUUUGGAGAGAGGAAUCAAACCAGACCAAAGGAAAGUACAAGCGAUACUAGAAUGGCCAGAACCAACAUUGGUCCUGGAGGUGAUGGGAUUUUUGGGCAUCACCGGCGCGUUCAGAGCAAAGAUCAAGGACUACGCGCGGAUCGCACAACCACUGUUGGACCUGGUGAGGGCGGUGAAAAUAAAGAAGAGAGCAGACGGGAAAACAAUCAAGGGAGAAUACAAACGAGCAUUGGAGAACGCAAAAGUAGAACUAUCAGAAGAAGCAAAGAAGGCAUUCAUUGAACUGAAACUCAUCUUGACAACAAAUCCAGUCCUGAGGGCACCAGAGUACGACGGAAGAAGAUUUAAAAUUACUACCGAUGGAUCGAAGUACGGAUUUGGGGCAAUGCUGUCGCAGGAAUGGGAGGAGGAAGACACAAAGAGCGGAACAACAAAGAAAAUACCAUACCCAAUCGCAUUCGCAUCAAAAAGAACAUCACGAACCGAAGAAAAAUACGCACCGUUUUUACUCGAAUUCGCAGCACUCAAAUUCGCGUUCGACUCCUUCGCUCAAAUCAUCGCUGGGCAGGAAAUCGAAAUCAAAACGGACUGCAAAGCACUGGCAGACCUACUGGGCAAUAAGAAGAUCAGUUCAACGCACGAGAGAUGGAGGAAUACAGUGGUGGCACACCGAAUCGUAGCAGUAAGACAUAGACCGGGGGUAGAGAACCCGGUCUGCGACGGACUCAGUUGGAUGUGGCAAUAUCGAGAGGAUACGGACGAGGGGAACGGACGAGAGGAAACGGUGGACCCAGACUGGGAAGCGCACAAGGGGCUUUUAGUAGAAGUACAAUACAUAAUGGAGGAUACGGAGGCAGGAGAGACGCUGAGGAGGUUCGAGGCGGACGAGUAUUUCGGGGACAUCGUACGAUACCUAGUACUAGGAACAGCAGACGGGGACGAUUUAACACCAGCGAACAUCGAGAGGGCGCAGAAGCGAGCCGCGCAUCGAGCAGUCGGAUUUGAAGUUGUGGAAGGGAAACUAUGGCGAGUGGCAGGAAAAGGAUCGACCAGAGCACCACGCGUAGAAUGCAUACCUAAGAAAGAGGGAGCAGCGCUAGCAUUGGCUACACACGAAGCAACUGGACACUUCGGACGAGACCUAACAAUCCUGACCCUACAAGACAAAUACUUCUGGCCAAACAUGCGAUCCGACGUCAUCACAGCCGUUACAACUUGCCCACGAUGUCGAAACUUCGGCCCAAAACUCAUGAACGCGCUCCUAGCACCCAUCACACGAGCCCGACCGUUUGACCUCAUAUGCGGCGAUUAUCUAUCACUACCUACCGGCACCGAGGGGUUCAAAACGGUCUUACUCGUUAUCGAUGUAUACAGCCGGUUCACUUUCGGGUUUGCUACACGCGAUGCAGGAACAGGGGCCUUCACAGUCAAAUGCCUAGACAAACUAUGCGAUACAUUCAUGACCCCAGGAAGCUUCAUGUCGGAUAAUGGGUCACACUUCGAUUGCCGCGAAGUUGACGAAUGGGCAGAAAACCAGAGCGUAUCAAUCAUCCACUCACCACCACAUUCACCUUGGGUCAAUGGCCUCAUCGAAGACGCGAACCGAAUACUGAUCGGUCGCCUCCGAACCUCUUGUGCCGAAGAUCUCGGGAAAAGCCCGGGAGACCCGAACCGCCCACCAUCGCCCCCACCACGGUCAUGGCCGAAAUUCCUGCAAAAGGCCAUCCGAGACAUGAACGAUCGCAUACUCCCAUCCCUCGGGUACUCGCCCCGCGAACUCUUAACCGGCGUUCUAACAGCCGAUCGUAGCUAUAAAGCCGGUGCCCAGAUCCGACAACACUAUGCACCACUCGGCAACGAACAGACACCUCCAGUCGACGUCAAUAUGGCCCUAUCAUAUGCGUUACGCCAGGACGGGGCAGAGCGAGCUCUGACACACGCUCGAGCCCGCAAACGCACCUUCGACACAAAGAUCAAGCCGUUACUAGUAGAACCGGGAGAUUUAGUCCAAAAGUACGACCCACGCUGGGACAACACGCACAGUAACGAGCGAAAAUUGGCGCAACGCUGGUCCAACCCACUCCGAGUACGAGAAAGACGCAACGCAUCAUAUGUGUUAGAAGACCUUGAGGGGAACAUCAUGUCGCUCAACGCACACGCCCGGCAUCUGAGACCGUAUGCGACCGAACCCAAACACCCCCCACACAAGACGGACCCGGUAGCCCUCGAAGAAUCUGAGCCACUGAGCCCGGGGUACAGCGAGGACUUCUAA